UUAAUUUUAACAAGAGAGUUCAAGGAGAAUGGAGAGAUAUUUGAACAUAUUCUUAGUGAUUAUGUGUUUUAUUUCUAACUUUCUUAUCUCUUUACAGAAUUCAAUGGAGUUAGACCUAACACCAAAAACAGCACAACCAUUGUUUGAAGGAGAUGGUGGUGGUUACUAUAUUUGGUCAAGCUCUCAACUUCAAGUUUUGGCUAAAACAAAUGUUGGUGCUGGUCAGCUUGUUCUUAAGCCAGGUGGCUUUGAUCUUCCUCAUUAUGCAGAUUCCUCCAAAAUUGGCUAUGUUCUAGAAGGGACAGAUGGUUUAGUUGGAAUGGUGCUCCCCAAAACUGGAAAAGAAGUUGUUUUGAAGCAUAAGCAAGGAGAUGUCAUACCUAUACCGAUGGGAGCUAUUUCAUGGUGGUUCAAUCAUGGAGACUCAAACUUUAGCAUUAUAUAUCUUGGUGAAACUUCGACAGCUCACAUUCCAGGAGAGUUCACUUAUUUUUUCUUAAAUGGUCUUCAAGGACUUUUAGAAAGUUUUUCUAGUGAAUUAAUUAGCAAAGUAUACAAUUUUAAUAAUGAUGAGGUGACCAAGUUAACACAAAGCCAAAAAGGACAUGCGAUAAUCAAGUUAGAAAAAGACCAACCAAUGCCUAAGCCACAAUUAGACCUGACUAAAGACUUUGUUUAUGACAUUGAUGCUAAAGUCCCUGAAGUUGAGGCUCCAAAUGGGGGAUUAGUGGCAACCUUAACUGAGAAAGAUUUUCCUUUUAUUAAGGAUGUUGGGUUGAGUGUGAUUAGAGUUAAACUUGAACCUAAUGCUAUUAAGGCACCAUCAAACCUAAUUACUUUUGGGAUUCAGUUAAUUUACAUAGCUAGAGGAAGUGGAAAAUUCGAAAUUGUGGGAUUGAAUAAAACAUGUGUAUUGGAUAGUUUAGUUAAAGUUGGUCAUUUGAUUGUUGUGCCACAAUUUUUUGCGGUUGCUCAAAUUGCAGGUGAUGAAGGAAUGGAGAGCUAUUCUAUUGUGACAACAACCAAGCUUUUGUUUGAAGAGUUAGCUGGAAAUACAUCGGUCUGGGGAGCCUUAUCACCUUUGGUGCAACAAGUGUCUUUUAAUGUGGAUUCUGAGUUUCAAAAUAUUUUUAUAUCCAAAGCCACAAAAAACACAAAUCUCAUUCCUCCUACUUAUUAGUUUUACUUGUUUUAUGAGAAUAAAUUCCUUAUGCAUGUUUUUAUGUAAUAAUAACGUAUUUGUUUUGUAUGGAUGAUAAUAAUGUAUUUAUAAAUGUUAUAUUAUUAUUAUUAUUAUUAUUAUUAUUA